UGCACACCGCAUGUUUCAUUUUGAUAGCUCGCCAAUAUUGUUUACAAUGCGACACUCGCUUCUAGUUAAAAGAUUAGCACGUCCACAGGAGCCAGAGGCAGAGAUGGCUCCUGCAAAGCGUACGAGCUCGCCACCAGAGCUACAGAAGCAAGUGAAUGCAUUUCUAAAUGUCGAUGUCGAUGUAAAAGUGCUGCAGCAUAUUAUUAAUCUCUUUACCAAAUUGAAUGUGAGUGCAAUUGGCGAGAUGUAUGUGACCGAAGUGAUCUUCAAGAAUCUGCUCAAGCGCAAAUGCAUCUAUGGUUCCGACACAGACCAGAUCAAACCAAACCCAAAACCAAAUGCAAAAACAAAAGCUAAACUAAAACAGAUGGCAAAAGAAAACAAACCAAAUGGUCUAUUUCUAAAGUACUACAAUGACGAGUGGUCCAAAUUGCUAAUCCACUUGGCCAGUUCGGCGAAGGAUGUGUCUGCCGUUGCACUAAAUGUGUGCAUGCAAUUCAUAUUAGCCGAAUCAAAGUAUGCCAAGCUUAAUGCCCAGCCCCAUGAACGGCUUCGUAUCAUGUUGCAAUCGAUUAUCACAUCGGAGACGACACCGCCAGCUGCUCUGGUGGCCUUUGAGAAAUAUGCCCGUUGCCUGGACAUACUGCAGUUGGCCUAUCAAGUGCUACCUGAAUUGGCGCCAGUCAGUUUCGUUGACUCGCCAAAUGAGGCACUAAACUAUUUGGCCAUCAUCAAUUCGCUGGACUUGAGCAAAACGGUUCUAAGUGCUAACAAGUAUCAUCUCACCGAGACAAACCCAAAUCGAAAUUUUGAAUACGAAGAGACGCGCAAACAUUUGAACAGUGUGUGGAAUGGCAUUAUUGCCAGAUGCAGCGAUCUGGAUGAGAAGGUGCAUCGUCAGGUGCUUGUCGUGCUCUUGGAACGAAUAUUCCCCCACUUGGACGAGCCCAUAUUGUUGACUGAUUUCUUAAUGAAUUCACUACAUCAGUUCGAUGGACCAGUCGCUUUGCUUGCUUUGCAAGGCAUUUUUAAGCUGAUGCAAGAGCAGAAUAUUACAUACCCGGAUGUGUAUCAGAAGCUCUACAACAUGUUCUAUCCCCGGAUGUUCUACAACAAGUACAAGGCUCGGCUUUUUUAUUUGGCCGACAUAUUUUUGACAUCGACGCAUUUACCCGAAAAUCUGGUGGCCGCCUUUGUCAAGCGAUUGGCCCGACUUGCUCUGAAGAGUCCUACAGAGGAUGCGAUUAUAUUGAUACGUUUCGUGUGUAACCUAUUGCUGCGGCACACGGGCUUGCAACGUCUUAUUUGCGCAACGGAUGCAGCAAGUGCUGUGGAAAUUUCGGAUCCCUACGAUGAACGCGAGUUGGACCCGGUCAAAACUGGGGCCCUUAACAGUUCCCUCUGGGAGAUGUUACUGCUGCAAAAGCAUGCGGUGCCCGAAGUGGCCAAUGCUGCACGCUUCAUAUCCAAAAGUUUGCCUGUAUUCGAGUUUGAUCUUGGCCCGCUGCUUGAAAUCAAGGAGUGUGAUAUCUUUGACGACGAGGUGAAAAAGAUGAUGAAGCAGUUCGCGUUGAGCUACGAUCGUCCAGCAAAUUUUGGUCUGCCACAAAAUGACAUUGUCACAAAAUACUGGGAUAUAAUUUAAAACGUAUCAAAUAUACAAAUAAUAUUUUUAAAGUUAA